GUGGCAGAGCGGCGGGCCCUUCGCGUGGAGCUACGUGUCGACGCCGGGCUCGGAGCCGCUGCUGGGCCUCUCCGUCGGGCAGGCGGUGGACCGGGCCGAGCGGCGCUUCGGGGACAGGGAGGCCGUCGUGUCGGUCCACCAGGGUGUGAGGAAGACCUUCUCGCAGGUCAAGGAGGAGAGCGACCUCGUGGCCGCAGGAUUCCUGGCGGCAGGACUCGAGCCCGGGGACCGCCUGGGGAUCUGGGGACCCAACAGCUACGAGUGGUACCUCACGCAGUUCGCCGCCGCCAAGGCUGGACUCAUUCUGGUGAACAUCAACCCCGCCUACCGUCCCAAUGAACUCGAAUAUUGCCUCAACAAAGUCGGCGUCAGAGGCAUUGUGUGCGACGAGAAAUUCAAAACGUCAGAUUACUACAAGAUGCUGUGCGCCUUGGCACCUGAGCUGCCAUCCUCUGUACCGGGUGACCUAAACAGUGCCACACUCCCGCACCUUAAGAAAGUGUUCAUCCGGUCGCAAGAAAAAUUAAGUGGCACCUUCAGAUUCGGAGAUCUUUACGAAGCGAGUGAAAGUUCCCACCGUAAGAGGGUAAAUGAACUGUCCUCUAAGAUACAGUUCGAUUCCGCCUGCAGCAUUCGGUAUACGUCCGGAACGACCGGUUUGCCGAAAGCAGCUGUCUUGUCCCACCACCAGAUCGUGAACAACGCUUACCACUCCAUCGGGAAGCGCAUCGGUUAUGGCGAAAAGCCUCAUCGUAUAUGUCUCUCCGUGCCUCUGUACCAUUGUUUUGGAUGCGUUGCGGGCACUGUUUGUGGUAUGCUUUAUGGGGCGACCUGUGUCAUGCCCAGUGCCAGCUUUGACCCCGAUGCCAUCGUCUGGACUCUGGAAAGAGAAAAAAUCACCUCCUGCUACGGAACGCCCACGAUGUUUGUCGACAUUCUGAACUCUCACCGCAAGAACCCGACGGAUCUGAGCGCCAUCUCGACGGGAAUCAUGGGAGGAUCGUCUUGUCCGCGAGUCUUAGUGAUGGCUGCCAUGAAAGAACUCAAAAUGAAGGACCUUAUAGUGAUGUACGGGAUGACCGAGACGAGUCCCGUGACCUUCCAAUGCUUUCCUUCAGAUCCUCCAGAAGUCCGGUCCUCCACCAUCGGCUACCCGGGAGACCACAUUGAGGUGAAGGUGGUCGACGAGUCCGGGGAGAUCGUGCCCACGGGAGAGGCGGGGGAACUUCUCAUCAGAGGCUACUGCAACUUCCUCGGUUACUGGGACGAUCCUGAGAAAACGAGGGAGAUUAUGACGCAGGACAGAUGGCUGAGGACAGGCGACCUCGUCUCGAUCCAGCCAGACGGUUACGGUCACUUCAUCGGCCGCAUCAAAGACGUGGUCAUCCGCGGCGGAGAGAACAUUUAUCCGGCGGAAAUUGAGAACUUCUUCAUGAGUCACCGGAUGUGUGUUCGGAGUGCCCGACGCCAGGAUGGGAGAGGAGGUGGCGACUUGGAUAAGAAAGGCCGAGGGUUCCAGCCUUUCGGACACGGGGCUCAGGGAAUGGUGCAAAGAAAGAUCGCUCAUUAUAAAGUACCGCGUUAUAUGCUGUUCAAGGACGAGUUCCCACGGACGGUCACGGGCAAGAUACAGAAGUUCAAGAUGCGGGAACAGACCAUCGAGGAGCUCAACUUGAAGGCGUAAAAACACUUUACUGUUGUUGACCGCUGCCCACCUUCUUAACGUUUGAAUUGGAACACGAUCAAGGAAUAACGUUUACAUACAUGAGUGUUAUCCCUCGAGGGCCCACUAUGGACACGGCUUUAGCAAUGGCGGCUCCGUAUUUACGAUUCGUUCUCUUAUUUCAUUAUUCGAAAAGUAGCUAGCAUUCACGCUCUUCGUCUCGUUAUUCGAAAAGUAGUUUCCUCUGAAUUGUGUGACAAGAGGGUGUCCAUACGUCUGGAUUAUAUAUGGGUGAAUUUCAGAUGUCAAUUAGUCUUUUAAUCUAAAACCUAUAGUCUGUAUUGCUUUCUUGUCUCUGUAUUUUUUUUAGUCUUCGAUACCACAUCAACAAUGUAUAUAGUAUCUAGCUCUAUACAGUAUGCAGCAUAUGCAACAAUAUAUAGUGUACACAAUAAUAUCGACAUUAAAGUUUUGUAUAUGCUCGUUGUACUAAACUUGUAAAUAAAUGGUCUGCGAGAA